UGUACACAAGAGUGUGUACAUAGCGAGUUGAGCGAGCAUUUUGCACUUCAUUGCUACGCUUCUGUAAAUAAAAUUUACUGUUUGAAUUUCAGUUGCUUAAUUCGGCUUUAAAAAUGAGUAAAGCACAUCCUCCAGAAUUGAAAAAAUUUAUGGAUAAGAAGUUAUCACUUAAACUGAAUGGUGGAAGACACGUUAUUGGAAUUCUUCGAGGCUUUGAUCCAUUCAUGAACAUGGUAAUCGAUGAAAGUAUUGAAGAAUGUAAAGAUGGUACUAAGAAUAACAUUGGCAUGGUGGUAAUCAGAGGAAACAGUGUCAUUAUGUUAGAAGCACUAGAUCGAAUAUGAUUACUAAUGAAUGUAGAAUAUUGGUUAACUUUAAGACAUGAUCUGUUUUUGAAUUACUUUUUGAAUAAUUCGAAGAAUAGAUACUUCCAUCAAUACUUUUUGUAUUAAGUAAUAAAUGCUACUUUAAG